AUGGAGCGGAUUAUCCUCCUGUGCAUGGUCUCCACCUGUGUCUCAGCUGUGCACGCUCAGAAAUUUCUGUUCAGCCCAAAAUGGGGUCCCAUUGGCUAUAAAGCACGUGAAGAGGCUGAAGAUGGAACUGCAAUGGAUAAAAUCAUUAAAGCUAAUGAGUUUCAAGCUUCCCGAGUCAUAGAUGGCACCACCACCCUCAGAGAGGGAGACAUUGCUGUUACCUCUGGUCGACGCAGCAAAGUCUGCUUCGCACGGAGCUGCCUCUGGUCCAAGUCUGUGGAUGGACACGUCUAUAUCGCAUAUAAACUCUCAGAGGACUACACUGAUUUGGAGACAAAGGUGAUAAAGAAAGGAAUGGAGAACAUAGAGAAAGGCACCUGUGUGCGGUUCGUCCCUCGGACUCACCAGAGAGACUACGUCGACAUUCAGCCAAAGUCUGGGUGCUGGUCCUACCUUGGUGCGCGUGGUGGAAAACAGACCGUGUCUCUCCAGAGCCCCGACUGCCUCCAGGUUGGAGUGAUUGCCCAUGAAUUCAUGCACGCUCUGGGCUUCGUGCACGAACAGUCCCGCUUUGACCGGGACAACUAUGUCACCAUCAUGUGGCCAAACAUUUGGAGAGAUCGACUGAGGAACUUUGAGAAAUUCAGGACUGAAAGUCUGGACCUGCCAUAUGACUAUGGCUCAAUCAUGCACUUUGGGAAGUUUGCCUACUCUCAGGACGGACAGCCAACCAUCAUUCCUAAGAACAGCAAGGACAUAAAGCUGGGCCAGGCAUCAUCUCUCAGCCACAUCGACAAGCUGAAAAUCAACAAACUCUAUCAAUGCGGUGACACGGAUGAUUACUGAGAGGAGAGG